CACACACACACUCGCUGUGCACAGAAAAACCUGACAAGUCGUCGCAGCGUUGUGUCGGUGGUGGGAUACACGCGCUGUACGCCGCACGAACGCGAGUAGGGAAGAAAGGAAAAAAAUUAUAUACCGACGAAAAACGAAAAAAGAGUAAAGCUAAUAAUAUUUUCAUUAGUGCGAACAUGGUUUGCUCGUGUUUCGUCCGGCCGCGGUGGAUGCGGGAAAACGCACGGAAAUGUGAUGAAUAAAAAUAAAACGUCGUCCGCGCAUUUUCGUCUUUGCCGCCGUCCGUCGGCCGCGCAGGUACCACAAUAUAAUAUUAUAAUAUAUUAAUAUAUCAUAUACAAUACACAAGCACACACACACACACUCACAGUUCACACACACUCACUCACACACACACACACACACACGAAAACGAGCAAUAUUAAUCGUUUGUAUACACAUCUCUCUCACUCUCUCUCUCUCAAACACAUACGCAUUCGUUCGUUUAUCGUAUCGUGCAUAAAUAAUCUACACAUGUGCGCGUGGGCGAGUGGCGAGCCGCAGCAGAGUGCGCGUGUGGGUUAUGGAAGAAAAUGACCGGCGGAACCGAGCGGACAGUCUGCAGCAGCAAGAAACGACCGCAGAACUCGGGCAUCACAAGAACGACGACCGCGACGGAGCGACGACCAUCAUGAGCGUUCCCGAUUUCCAAAGCGCCCUAACUGGCAAAUCUUGCAAUGAAGGAUGGCCCACCGAACAAGAGAUAAUGGAACAUCCCGGUCUGAGAAAUACUCCGUUGGCCAUGUUGGCUGCUCAGUGCAACAAGUUGCAGAGUAAAUCGCCGCCGCCACUCGCUGACGCUGCCGUGGGCAAAGGGUUCUAUCCGUGGAAAAAAAGCCCGCAACAGCAGUCCACCGACAUGUCCGGUUCGCCGCUGCAACAGCAGCAGCAACAGCAACAACAGCAGCAGCAGCAGCAACAGCAACAGCAACAAUGCCAACAGCAACAGCGGACGUCGUCCAGCGCUGCGGAAUCGCCCAGGCCCGUGGUCACUUCCACGUCGUCGGCUCCGUCCACGCCCGUGCCGACCGGGGCCGGUUACCCGCCCCCGCCUCCGCCGCACCACGGCAACAUCUACUUCGGCGGCGGUGGCGGUGGCCACCAGACGCUGGCCGCUGACAACAACGGACACCACCAUCACCACCAAAGCCCGUUGCUGGGCAAGGUCGACAACCACAGCGCGCUGUACGGCCGCCAUCCGUACGAGUGGCCAUUCAAUUCGAUGGGCACCGCCGGACAUCACGCGCCCGCCAUCAAGACGGAGUCCGUGAAUCCCGCUUGGUGGGAUGUGCACGGGAGCGGAUGGCUGGACAUGAGUGGAGGUUUCCACGCAGGCAUGCACGCGCAGAUGGCCAAUUACGCGGCGCAGUCGGACUACUCGUCGUUGAGCCACUCGCUGGCCGCGUCCAACACGGCGGCCGCUCACCACCUGUUCUCCAACCAACAUUUCUUGCAGGACACGUACAAAUCCAUACUGCCGGGCGCGCAGGGUUCGUUCGGCCUGAGCCACCAUCACCAUCAUCAUCCGUCCGUGGUCACGUCCUCGUCGUCCUCGUCGUCGGCCACGUCACCGGGUUCGGCGUCCGCGGCUGCCGCAGCCGCAGCCGCCGCGGCCGCUGUGUCCGCUGCGUACAGCGCGGCCCCCCAGACGCCAUCGCCGCGCACACAGCGCCGGUACACGGGACGGGCCACGUGCGACUGUCCCAACUGCCAGGAAGCCGAGCGGCUGGGACCGGCCGGUGGCCACCUCAAGAAGAACGUGCACAGCUGCCACAUACCCGGUUGCGGCAAAGUGUACGGCAAGACGUCCCAUCUCAAAGCGCAUCUCCGAUGGCACACGGGCGAGAGGCCGUUCGUGUGCAACUGGUUGUUCUGCGGCAAGCGGUUCACGCGGUCCGACGAGUUGCAGCGGCACUUGCGCACGCACACCGGCGAGAAGCGGUUCGCGUGCCCCGUGUGCAACAAGCGGUUCAUGCGGUCCGACCACCUGGCCAAGCACGUCAAGACACACAACGGCAACGGCGGCAGCAAGAAGGGCAGCAGCGAUUCGUGUUCCGAUUCAGAGAACAGCCAGAGCGCGGCCGACGGUUCGUCUCCGCACAACCAACACCAGCAACAGCAGCAGCAGCAACAUCAGCAACAGCAACAGCAGCAACAGCAACAGCAGCAGCAACAGCAACAACAACAGCAACAGCACCAGCAGCACGUGCAGCCGUUGCACAUGGCCGACAUGGUGGACGUCAAACCUCCGUUGCCCCUGAGCGGACCGGCCGGUCUGGUCCGGUGGAGCCCGGUAGUGAGUUCCGUGGGUUCUGUAGUUCCGCUGUCGCCGCCGUCGUCGCACGCCAUCGGCUCGUCGCCGUUCCUGUCCGUGCAACAGCAGCACAACAACAACAAGGACCAGAAGAGCUUCUGCUGGACGAACGCCGCCGGCAAAGAGCCGAAGAUGUACCAGGAGAAACUGGAAUGAGCGUCGCCCCCGCCGGUGCAACUGCCACCG